AAGAUCAGUUUGGAUCAUAAAAAGUUGUGCAUUAAAUUUACGCGGGUUUCGGGUUUCACUUGCCGGAGCUAGCUAUUGCCGUAAUACCAUAGCCAUGAAUGCUGAUUCAGUAAUCGAGUUUUUGGGGUGUGUGCCGUUGCUCCAGAGGCUCCCGGGCUCGUCUCUGAAGAAAAUCGCUCAAGUGGUGUCCGUUAAACGCUACGGUGAGGGAGAUUACGUUGUUCGAGAAGGAGAAGCUUCGGAUGGGAUUUAUUUCAUAUGGGAGGGAGAGGCUGAAGUCUGCGGGUCGUUUCACUCCGACGAUGAAAAUCCCGAAUUUCAUUUGAAGCAGUACGAUUAUUUUGGCCAUGGUGAUAUUGCAGGUAUAGCAUCAUCUAUACAGCCUGCGGAUGUGAUUGCGCUGUCUAAGCUGACUUGCUUAAUCCUUCCAAACGAGCACGCAGAUUUGCUAAAAACGAAAUCAAUUUGGAGCGCAGAUGAGACACAGGAGAAAUGCCCACUAGUGGAGCAAAUUCUUCACCUCGAUCCUAUUGAUGUUAACAUUUUUCAGGGUAUUACAUUGCCAGAUGCUCCAAAAUUCGGAAAAGUAUUUGGAGGGCAGUUUGUUGGGCAGGCAUUGGCUGCAGCUAGUAAAACUGUCGAUUCUCUCAAGAUUAUUCACAGUCUGCAUGCUUACUUCCUUCUUAUUGGUGAUUUGGACCUACCGAUUAUAUAUCAAGUUCACCGUGUACGUGAUGGGAAAAGCUUCGCAACUCGAAGGGUCGAAGCUAUACAGAAAGGGAAUGUUGUCUUUACAUUGAUUGCUUCUUUUCAGAAAGAGGAAGAAGGAUUCAGUCACCAGGUGGCAACAAUGCCUUCCUUACCUGCCCCAGAAGAGCUUUUAUCAAUGGAAGAAUUGCGAGAAAGGCGCCUUACUGAUCCUCGCCUUCCCAGGACAUACCGGAAUAAAGUUGCAAGUACUAAAUUUGUUCCCUGGCCCAUUGAGAUUAAAUUCUGUGAGCCUAAUAACACUUUCACGAAUCAGACAAAGACUCCCCCGAGUUUAAGGUACUGGUUUAGAGCAAGAGGAACACUUUCCGACGAACAGGAUUUGCAUAGAUGCGUCGCAGCAUAUGCUUCCGAUUUGAUAUUCCUCCAAGUCAGUUUGAAUCCUCACCGAGAAAGGGACGAAAAGGGUUUGAAGACAUCAUGCGUCAGCCUAGAUCACUCGAUGUGGUUUCACAGAUCUUUCCGGGCUGAUGACUGGCUGCUGUUUGUGAUCAAUAGUCCAACUGCUCAUAGCGCACGUGGGUUCGUUUCUGGACAAAUGUUUACAAAGAAAGGAGAGCUUGUUGUAUCAUUGACUCAAGAGGGUUUAUUGAGGAAAGCCAGAUCACCAGUUUCAGCCGUCCAAUCGAAGUUGUGAAAAAAAAUCCGCGUGCUGCAGUCGAUGCACAAAGACGGAUAUUAUUAUGAGGUUUCGAUUUGAAAUUAAAAUAUGAUAAUCGUAGGCCUAUGCAGAAAAUAAAUUGUGGUAGAGAUGUAGAAGCAAUUAUGCCAUUCAAACUUGUUAGAAAUAAAUAUUAGUAUUGUAUACAAAUACAAUAACAUCUUUUUUAGCAUUUUAGUUGAAAUAAUGUAUAAAUUAUUAAAUAUUGUAUACAA